CGCGCCCUCGGCCUACCGGCCAUGGACGUGGACGCGGAUGAGUUUGAGAAGAGCCUCCCACACCUACAGGAGCUUGUCCUGGGAGCGGAGUUUGUGGGACUGGACAUAGAAUUCACAGGGCUUCGUUCGAACCUGUCUCAACAGCAGAUCAGUCUGUUUGAUUUGCCCUCGGAGUGGUAUCUGAAGACCCGUCAGAGUGUCCAGCAAUUUACCAUCUGUCAGAUCGGGCUGUCUGUGUUUUCCAGUAUUGAAGGAGAGUCGAACAAAUAUGUAGCCCAUUCAUUUAACUUCUUCCUCUUCCCUACGACGUUUGGGAUUUUGGAUUCAGAAUUCUCUUUCCAGGCCUCUAGUGUUCAGUUUUUGAAUCAGUAUGGCUUUGACUAUAACAAGUUUCUCAAAAAUGGAAUUCCAUAUAUGAAUGAAGAGCAGGAGAAGAAAAUUAAGCACGAUAUCCUGAGAGGGAACUGGAGAAUCCGCAGCUCUCUGGAUAAAGAUCAAAUCAAAGUAGUGAUUGAUAAAGUGACACGGUGGCUGGACCCGGCCAAGGAAGGUGAUCAGAUGACUCUGCCUGGCAUUGCUGGCUUCCGGGCCUUUGAGAUCCAGCUGGUGCUGAGGCAGGCCCUCUCCAACAUCUGGACCACGCUGCAUGAUGAGGGGGUGGUGGUGAGGAAGGUGAGCCGGCAGCACCGCUGGUACCUGGAGCACGCCUCCUGCGACCAAGUCAGCCGCUGGAAGGAGCAGCUCCUUCUGUCCGCCAGGGGCUUUUCCAUCUUUUUCCAGAUGCUGGUGAAAGCUCAGAAGCCGCUGGUGGGCCACAACAUGAUGGUGGACCUGCUGCAUCUCCACGACAAGUUCUUCAGACCCCUCCCAGAAAGCUACGAAGAGUUUAAGGAGAAUAUUCACAACCUGUUUCCCAUCCUCAUUGAUACCAAGAACGUGACCAAGGACAUCUGGAAGGAGCUGCAUUUCCCGCGGGUCACCAACCUCUCGGACGUGUACGACGUGCUGAGCGGUGACUUGAAUCCCACCAAGGAUUCCGGACCGGUGAUUGUUCACGCAAGCCAGUGUGAAAAAUACGCGAAGACUAAGUGUCCCCACGAAGCAGCAUACGACGCCUUCCUCUGCGGGUCAGUUCUUUUGAAAGUGGCGCACUUGCUCCUGCAGAGGGUGCACGGCGACCCCAUGCCCGAGCCCUCCUUCCCUCAGUACCUGGACAUGCUGACGCCUUACGUGAACCAAGUGAAUCUCAUCCGAGCCGGGGUCCCCAAAAUUAAUUUUUCUGGCCCGGAUUACCCCAGCAUCCGGCCCCCCAUCCUCAUCCUCACUGUCAAGAAGUGGCCUGGGAUCAGUGAGCAGCAAGUCUACCGUGAGUUCCAGAAUCUCUGCAAGUUUGACGUCAGGCGGUUCACCGGGAACCAGUUCCUGCUCCUGACCAACAAGUUUAAGGAUGUCCGCAAUGUGCUGAAGGAGUACCGGAGCCACCCCACGCUGCAGGUGUCCCUGUACCGGUACUGGAGACACUCCCCCAACGUCACCUGCCUGCUGCAAGUCUGCAGCAUAGUCACCACCUGGGCCACGCUCGCCUUUCUCCUGGGAGGACCCUGCUCCUGAGCGCCGCGAGCUCCUCAGCCCCCAUUCUGGGACAGCCCUCCCAGCUUGCUGUGUAAAUCCUGUCCUGUUUGCAGACAAACCUGCGUGGUCCUCACCAGAGACUUUGUUCUUUCUCUUUGUUGGCUUGUUUUGUGUUUUGUUUUGGUUUUUCAAGGUAGAGUCUCAUACUGUAGCUCAGGCUGACCUGGAAUUCACUAUGUAGUCUCAGGGUGGCUUCGAACUCACAGCAAUCCGCCUACCUCUGCCUCCCGAGUGCUGGGAUUAAAGGCGUGCGCACCACCACUCUCAGCUUGUUCUGCUUUGAAUGUGAAAUUCUGUAAAUACUACUGAUGAUAAAGAAAUCCUUGCAUAUA